AUGCUUACUGAGAGCGUGAGGCCAAUUCACUUUCCUAUGCAGCAGGGAAUUCCUAAUGAUCAGUCGAACACAUCGUCACAGAUCUCGAUCAACAACACCGCAAACGGAACAAUGAAUAUGUACGAUACAACGGCAAUGGCACCGGCAACGUUUGGAGACCAACAGAGGUAUCAAGAGCAGAUGAACUUCCAGAUGAUGCAGCAACAACAAUAUCAGCAGCAGCAGCAAGGUGGAAUGCAACCCAUUUAUCCAGGAAACUACGCUUCAAUGCAAAUCUCAGAGCCUCAACAGUCAUAUCAACAAACCAAUGACUUGCAGUCGAAUCAGAUACAGCAGCAACAGCAGCAGCUACAACUACAGCAACAGCAACAGAUGCAAGCGCAACAACAACAGUUACAGCUACAGCAACAACAACAACAACAACAUCAACAGCAGUCAUAUAAUGCGUACAAGCCGAGUUAUGAGAUGGAGCCACGUUACUUCCCAUCGCCACAGCAUCAACUUCUACAAGUUGGUCCAAUAUCUCAGACUCCUGAUGGGCAACUCACACCGGCUCCACAAGCCCAACAGCAUCAACAACAGGUCCAGCAGGUGCAACAAGCUCAACAAGUACAACCACAAUCACAAUCACAAGUACAAACUCCACUCCAACAAGCUCCUCAGCAGGUACAACCUCCGAUUCAAUCACAGCCUAUUAUUCAGAGAACUGUCUCAGAAGGGACAUAUUUCCCACCUCAGCAGCCUUAUAUGAUUCCAUCUGCAGGUUUGAGUACUAGCAGUUUCAGCAGUGUAAGCAGUCAUUACACUAGUGGUCAACAGAGCACUGUCAAUUCUUUGAACAACAGUUCAGCCUCUAUCUCUACCCUUGUUGGAUCUUCUUCAACAUCAAACUCCUCAACUUCAUCCAAUGUGCGCAAGGUUCCAAGGGCUCAGACAUGUCAUAAGUGUGGACGUUUAAUCUCAAGAGACAUGUCUAGACACAUGAGAAUCCAUGAGUCUGUGUCACGUUUCAAAUGCAUCUACCCAAGAGAGAACUGUGCUCAUAAAUCUGGGUAUUUCAACAGACAGUAUGACUACAAGAAACAUUUACUUCAUGCCCAUUUUGCAUUCGACGAUCCAAAAGUGAGGAGAUUUAACGGAUUGAAUGAGAAGUUGAACUACAGUGGACAAUGCCCAUGUGGUGAGGUUAUGACUGCUGAUGAAUGGUUGGCUCACAUCACGACAAAAGGCACAGAUGGUCUUUACAUAUGUCCUGAUCUUAGACAGAGAUGGCGUGAUGCAUUACCUUCUAUCCAGGAUAACGAUAGUGUUAAAUCAGAACAAGCACCAGAGACUGGACCUCUUUCUGUUUGA